GUGUUCUGCAGCAUGUGUCUUUUCUCUUUCCUCACUUCUAUCGACCAGUUGGCUCUCUGGACACUCUGGACAGCAGCAGGAGGACUGUGCAGCAUGGCUCAGUGGAGGCUUACUCUCACACUUACAGCUCUUUACGUCUUCGUUUGGCGAGGAUGGGCCAGUCUGGAGGUCAACAUGGAGGACAGGGUGGAGGUCUUUAUGGACGAGGAGGCAAACAUCCGCUGCAUGUACAGCUCGGCUGCACCUGCCAGUUCAUUGACGAUACAAUGGUUUGUGAGGGCACCAGGGGUCAGCAACAAGGAGCAAAUCUACUACAAAGAUGGCAAUUCGGAGUUUGAGGUGCAGGGCACUAAGUUCACUGGCCGGAUUAGUGUUUCUAACUCUCUGGAGACCACACAGAAGAACAGCAUUCUGACCAUCAGUAAUACACGGCUCAGCGAUGAGCUGGAGUUCUUCUGCCGAGUGAGCGUGGAUGCCAGCGAGGAAGGACGCACUCAACUCCUUGUGUUCAAUGUCCCAACUCAUCCCACCAUUAACGUAGUACCUUAUGUCUCUGCAGGAACACAGCAGCUGGAAAAGAUUGCAUCUUGCGAGGUCAGAAAUGCGUACCCUGCUCCUAACAUCACAUGGUACAAAGACAGGACCCCCUUGCAGCACUCAGACAGUAAGGUGAAGGUGAAGACCACCAGGACAGUCAAUCCCAGCGGGCUGUUUACAGUGAAGAGUGAUUUGCAGCUUGAAGUAGAGAAACAGGACAAGGAUGCAAAGUUCUACUGCGAGGUCAACUACUUUACCCCUGGAACACAGGAGAUGAUGGAGUCUGACCACAUCAACAUCACAGUCUAUUAUCCAACAACAGAAGCUACAAUGAAACAGGAGUCCCCUAAAGGUCUCAUCAAGGAAGGCGAUAGAGUGGAGAUCAGAUGCCAGGGAAAUGGAAACCCUGAGCCAUUCAUAACUUUCUCAUAUAAUGAUGAUUUGCUGUCAGACAAUAAUCUUCUGGUUCUGAAUAAUGUGACUCGAAGAAACAGUGGCACAUACUUGUGCAGUGCGCUGGACCAGUCAUUUGAGGAGAGCUCUGCAAACCUGAGCAUCACUGUACACUAUCUGGAUUCUGUUGUGAUCACUCCAGAGAAACCAGUUCAUUUGGAGGAAGGGAAGGAUCUGUCUCUGACCUGUAAUGCCGUCUCAUCUCUGUCCACCCGUGCAGUGUGGUACAAGGACAGCGCUUAUCUCACAGAGGGACAUGUGCUGAAUUUACAGAACGCCUCCUAUGACAUGGCUGGGAUGUAUGUCUGUGUGAUAGAGGCACCCGACCUGCCUGAACUACGGAGAAACAACUCUGUGCUUGUCACUGUGAUCGGUAAGCCUGUUAUUAUAGCAGGAGUGGAAGUAAUUCCAUUGGACAGCGAAAAGUUGGUUAAUCUGAGCUGCACCGCAACAGGACACCCAGCACCCACCAUCAUCUGGGCACUCUCUGACGAACAAGCUCGUGUGAGUAAGUGGAUCACUAAGAAAGAAGACGAGGUUCUCAGUUUUAUUAGCAUCAGCACAACAUCUGACAUCACAGCAUCCUGCGAAGCCGCCAACAAGAUGGGCACAGUCAAAGCAUCUCGUGACAUUGAAGCCACUGAACUGAAAACACCAACAACUUCAAUAACAAGCACUACUUCCACCAGUACAAAGGCGCCAGAAACAAUCAACACUUCGAAAAGAGUAAGAAAAGAGGGCAGUGGAGUCAUCAUUGCUGUCAUCAUCAUCCUCAUCUUACUGCUAGCCAUCUUGGGCAGUGUGCUCUACUUCCUGUACAAGAAGGGAAAGAUCCCAUGUGGACGCUCAGGGAAGCAGGACCUUACAAAGGAGAGCGCCAGUAAAGACGACAUUGUUGUGGAGAUGAAGAGCGGCAAGUCUGCGGAGGCUGUGCUUCUGCAAGGAGUGAAUGGUGAUAAAGUUUCCCAAUGACCAGUGAAUGAAGGAUGCACGGAUGCACAGAGAAGAGGUGCCGAAGAGCUGCCUCCAUGCUACUCUCUCUCUCAGGGUGGGACCCUCGCAGUGAGAGGCCUUGAGCCUCUUUUCCCACAGGAUCGCCAUAUUUACUCUUCCCCUAUGAACUGGGACAGAGAACCUCUGCCCCACUGCACAGGCCUCAUUCUUUCAGUUUUUAUUUUUUUUCCUAGUAUGUUAACCCAAAGGCCUUGAUAGGAUGGAUUGUCCAUGAACAACAAUCUGUGCUCUCUAUAUGAUGUAUAUAUGAGCUACUGUACAUAUGUAGUUAUUUAAAAUGCUUUAGACAGAGAACAUCUGAAGGGUGCUCUAUAUCCCACUGAUGAUUUGGAGGAGAGAUCUUUGUUGAAGGCUGUCUUGCUUGCUGUUGUUCUGCCAGUUCAAAAUUGCUCUCCCUUCUGCCUCCAUCAUAUAGUCCUUGCACUGAAGUACUAAGCCGUCUCACACUGCUGUGCUUUUAAACACUGUAAACACUUUCACUCUAAAACAUGCUAAAGGCAACCAAUCACAUCUGACAUUAUAUUCCUUAAAUUUGCUUUUGAAGAUUGAAGAUAUAUAUAAAAAACACAGUGGGGUCUGAAAGUCUGAGACUACAAAUAAAAAU